AUGGCUAUGGUGCUUAUGGUUGAUUCUGCUCAGAUGAUAGUGAUUGGUGCUUGUGAUACAUUUUUAUGCAGGUCAAGUGGAAUCAAACGCCUAAGACUUGUAAGUUCUUAUCACCUAUCUGAUGAGGGUCUGAUUGAAGUUGCAUCAAAACUUUCGCUUUUAGAGGAACUUGACAUCUCAUUAUGCAAAAAUCUGUCACAUAAACCUGUGAAAGUGCUUGGACGCUCUUGCCCACUUUUGAAGUCAUUCAAAUUGAAUGAAAAAUGGCACAAAUAUUCGGACGACUUUUUUGAAGAGAUUAUAGACGAUGAUGAGCCGUGGAGUAAAGAUGACGAUGCACUAGCUAUAGCAGAAACGAUGCAUGGGUUACACCACCUGCAGCUUUUUGGGAAUCAGCUGACCAAUGUUGGAUUAAUGGCAAUUCUUGAUAGUUGUCCUCAUCUCGAGUCUCUUGAUCUUCGCUAUUGUUUUAAUCUUAAUCUGGAGGGAGAUUUGGGAAGAAGAUGCAAAGAAAAAAUUAGAAAAGUAUUGCUUCCCACAGAUUCAAUUGCUGAUUAUGGAUUAAUGCCUUCUACAGAUUGGCAAUCUCCCAGACCGAUUAGUCCCCCGUCACCUAAACACUGGGCAUUCUGGGAGUGGGACUGA